AUGCCAGCUCCCAUCAAUGUGUUGAUGAUUGGUACCGGCGAGUAUACCACCGGCUUUGUCGGCACCGGUGGCUCCGCCUCGGACAAGAAGGUCGGCGUCGUCGGCCUCACCCUUUUUGAUCUGCGGCGCCGCGGCAAGGUCAACCAGCUCGGCAUGGUUGGUGUCAAUGGCACCAAGUUCCCUGCCAUUCGCGAGCACCUGGACAAGAAUAUCACCCAAGUCUACAACGGUCUCGACACCUCAUUCGACUCCUUCCCCGCCAACGACCAAAAGGAGCCUGACGCCUACAAGGCCGCCAUCGACGGCCUCAAGCCCGGCGACGCCAUCACCAUCUUCACCCCGGACCCGACGCACUUUCCCAUCGCCCUGUACGCCAUUGACCGCGGCAUCCACGUCCUCAUCACCAAGCCCGCUGUCAAGCUGCUCGAGCACCACCAGGAGCUGAUCCAGCGGGCCGAGGCCAAGGGCGUCUACGUCUUCAUCGAGCACCACAAGCGUUUCGACCCGGCCUACUCGGACGCCCGCUUCAAGGCCCAGACGCUUGGUGACUUCAACUACUGGUACUCGUACAUGUCGCAGCCCAAGUACCAGCUCGACACGUUCAAGUCGUGGGCCGGCCGCGAGUCGGACAUUUCCUACUACCUCAACAGCCACCACGUCGACAUCUGCGACUCCAUGGUGCAGGACCGCUACGUGCCCGUCAAGGUGUCGGCGUCGUCGUCCAAGGGCGUCGCCGUCGCCCGCGGCUGCGUCGACGAGACCGAGGACACCAUCUCGGUGCUCGUCACCUGGGCGAACAAGGCCGACCCGAGCAAGCGCGCCGUCGGCGUCUACACGUCCUCGUGGACGGCCCCCGAACGCGCCGGCGUCCACACCAACCAGUACUUCCACUACCUGGCCGCCGACGGCGAGAUCCGCGUCGACCAGGCCCACCGCGGCUACGACGUAGCCGACGACAAGGCCGGCCAGCUACAGUGGUUCAACCCCUUUUACAUGCGCUACGCCCCCGACGAGGACGGCAACUUCAACGGCCAGACGGGCUACGGCUACAUUUCGAUUGAAAAGUUUGUCGACGGCUGCCGCGCCGUCAACGAGGGCCGCUUGAAGCCUGCCGACCUCGACGCCAAGGGCCUGCCGACGCUGCGCAACACGAUUGCCACCACGGCGAUUCUGCAUGCGGGCCGUAGGAGCAUUGACGAGGGCCGAGAGAUUGGCAUUGUUGUUGAGAAUGGCGUCUGGAAGCUGGUGUCGUUGUCUGGUUGCGCCUAUAAUAAGGCUUGUCGCCGCCCUCGCUGCUACUGCUACCACCUCUACCGCCAAAAGUACACUAUCAACACAGUUGGCCACCGCUCGCCGCCCCAGCCCAAAUCCCCGCAAGGGGUCCAGGAAAAUGACAGACUUCACAAGUGCAUGCUAGACGUGCUCCUGCGCAGCGACUGGGACAUUGUCGUUCAGAAACUUGAUCUUAGGACCGGGCAGGGCGGCUGCUACGGUGAGGCCUUUAUCCGACCUAUCCCUCCUAAACAGAUCAGCAGCUGGAUUGACUACUCUUGUCCGUUGGCCUGCCCGAGCGAAAACCCAGAUGACUAUGACUUGUUUGGCAUCUUCGAUCCGCUUGAAGACCGUCGCCUCGGCGCGCCCGAGUCGAUGGGCACAUUAAGCAUGGUCGAAAAUUACACGGAGAGGGGCCAUCCCUAUGAAAAGGGCAAUAUGAUGCAUAACAAGACAUAUUGGCGCUAUUGCUCGAGGAUUACCGAACAGUGUAAUCCCCCUACUGCCCUAAAGUAUAUUUAUCUUGAUGUGCCACGAAGCCCUACGCUCCCGCAUUUGAGCUGUUUUAUCCACGACGACGAGAUCCUCCAGGAUGACGGGUCCCUAUCCAACGGUGAGCUCACCGCCAUUAUGGUGUUGGCACUGCGGCAGGCCUGCGACCGCACUUAUCGCCACGCCAUGGUAAUUCCAAUCCUCGUAUUUUCUUGCUCCGGACGCCAGGUCCGCAUCGUUCAGGGCUGUAUCGACUUUCAGAACUAUCAGUUCGACAUACGCUGCUCAGAGAUUCUCGACUUCAACGAGGAAGGCAUACGCGGCACUGACGAAAGCCUGCAACGCUUCUAUACCCUCCUUGGCUGGGUGCUUGGCGAAGCUGUUGGAAAUAUUAAACAAUCGCAGGUUCCUAGUCGCUAA